ACCACAACGCAGAGGCCAAGUGCAAGAUAACAUGCCUGCUCAACCUCCCACAGUUCCUCUCCUUACUCCUUACAAAAUGGGAAAGUUCAACCUUUCUCAUAGAAUUGUUUUACCACCACUGGCUAGAAUGAGAUCAUACAAUAAUAUUCCACAGCCACAUGCCAUCUUAUACUACUCUCAGAGAACGUCUCAAGGGGGUCUUCUCAUAGCUGAAGCCACUUUUGUUUCUGACACAGAUCAAGGGUGGGUGAAUAAUCCUGGUUUAUGGACAACGGAGCAAGUUGAAGCUUGGAAACCGAUUGUUGAUGCUGUUCAUGCUAAAGGCGGUGUCUUCUUCUGUCAGAUUAUGCAUCCGGGGAGGGUUUCAAAUAGCGGUUUCCAGCCAAGGGGACAAACUCCAAUCUCUUCUACUGACAAGCCACUAACCUCACAAGUACUAACUAAUGGCGUUGCUCUUGCUGAAUACACACCUCCAAGACGAUUAAGGACAGAUGAGAUUCCACAAAUUGUCAAUGAUUUUAGACUUGCUGCAAGGAAUGCUAUUGAAGCUGGCUUUGAUGGGGUUGAAAUUCAUGGGGCGCAUGGCUACCUGAUUGAUCAGUUUAUGAAAGACCAAGUGAACGAUCGAACAGAUGAAUAUGGUGGAUCGCUGGAGAAUCGUUGCCGGUUCGCUUUGGAAAUUGUUGAAGCUGUUGCUAAUGAGAUAGGAGCAGAUAAAGUUGGAAUAAGAUUAUCUCCUUUUGCAGACUAUAUGGAAUCAGGGGAUUCGAAUCCGAAAGCAUUAGGCCUUUAUAUGGCCAAAUCCUUGAACAAAUACGGGAUCCUGUACUGCCAUGUGGUUGAGCCAAGAAUGAAGACAAUUGGAGACAAAAGUGAAACCCCUUACAGUCUUCUGCCCAUGAGAGAAGCUUUUAAAGGCACCUUCAUUGCUGCUGGUGGUUUUGACAGGGAAGAUGGGAACAAUGCUGUGGCAGAGGGUCGUGCAGAUCUUAUUGCUUAUGGACGUUUGUUCUUGGCUAAUCCAGAUUUGCCCAAGAGAUUUGAGCUUAAUGCUCCUCUAAAUAAGUAUAACCGAGAGACAUUCUAUACAUCUGAUCCGGUUAUUGGUUACACUGAUUAUCCAUUUCUUGAAACUACUGCUUAAGUUUCCUGCAGCCCAAGGAAGCUUGAACAUACUUGGAUCUUAAUCUGCUUAUUCGUAUUGUUACCAUUCUUCCACUAUAUGUAUAAGUAGAUAGAAAAUAAAAGUGAAAAAAAGUUGUCAUUUUUUUUUCGGUGGAAUGAAACUUGUCAUUUGGUUUGGUA